AACGCUCCGGGUAUUGGUCAUCCGUCUACGCUCAAGGGUUCUAUGCUAUCUCAUAUAUUCUCUGACACCACUUGUGAUCGUGAGGCUCUAACAUGGACAACAUCGUUCGACUUCCGCCAACACUAAUUGACCUGCUUACCAACUCCGUGAUACUGCGGCAAACGGCACCGUACAUACCAGUUCGGUCACUUCUUGCCCUCUCAGCUACCUGUAAAGUGCUCAGAGACAUCGUGAACACGCAACCAGAUGCUUGGCGUUACCUUGAUCUUACCAGUAUCCGCUCGGCCCAAAUAGACAGCUCACCGAUCGAUUCGGGUGGCAUCGCAUGGCGUGCGGAACGAAUGGACGAGUCGCUAACGGAAGAUGAUUUCUAUGCUGGACCUCUGCGAGGCAUUUUCGGCCGAUUACAUGCGAAAGGUGUCCUCCACCAUGUGCAGAUUCUGGUACUGGACGUGCUGAGCAUCCGAGAAGCCAAGCAUCUCAACCAAGGCAAGCUACAACAAGUGUUGCGGUAUGUUGUACGACCGACACGAGCCGCCGACACGCCGAAGCUGAAAGCACUGUAUUUCUUCGGACCGAAGGAUGCAGGCCAGUCCGUGCUGUAUCAGCAGCAACGGCUUGAAGGCUCACAGCCCGUUGUGGGUGGCGUGACGGCUUCAGAAGGGGCUCAAAUCGGCGCUGAGUGGAAUCAACGCUCGACUGAAGCACUUACGACGUGUUUGUACGAUGAGGAAGUGAAGUGGUACUCCGCCACUGGACGUGCACUCAGACGACCGCAGAGUGACUGGCCCGAAACCCUACAAGCGUGCAAAGGCCUCAUCACGUUCGAUGCCGUGCUGUGCAGAGGGCCGCGACAUGACAUCACCAAGGUCGAAAGUAAGGACUUCUUGCAGCCUGCUAUUGCUACGGUAGCGCUGGGCUCGCAUGGCUGUGAGACCUGCCGUGCUUGCCCCGAAGGACCUGCCGUCUUCGGACAGAGCGAGAAUGCGGCGCUCCCACUCCUUGGGCCAGCGGCAUUUCAUUCGCCUACCGUCCGAGGAGCGCAGUAUCCGCAGCUUCGCUCGUCUGACAGUACUAUGCCGCGUCUUAUUCUACGAUGUGAGGAAUGCCUGCGUGGCCGAUGGUGUGAGCGGUGCAAUCGGUGGUGGUGCGAGGACUGUUACGAUGAACCUUUAUCCCGCGUUCAUCAGCGUAGCGCGAUACAACAGUCAGCAGUACAGACCGAUCGGCAACAUGCCAGCUGGUGGUUCGGCUCAGAUGCCGGAGGAGGCUCUGGCCCUGUCACGGGUGAUGCAGUAAAGGUAUACUCAAAGCUUUGCGUUGAGCACUGUCUGGUAUCUGAAAUGAUGUCUGCUGGCAACGGGCCGAUGUGGGGAUGAGGCAAGCACGCGGAGGGAUGUUCUGGAUUUGAUUCUACGCCGCACAGCCCUUCAGCACGCAUGCUGACGAGCCUGUCACACAGGGCGUGCACCGUGAUUGCUUUGGCUGCGGCAGGACCUGCGCGAGUUGUCAUGACGUGCUCAUACGGCGGUGUCGAAACUGCAGGACAGAGUACUGUCUGAUGCAUGAUGAAGGAUGCUCUGGGAUAGAGUGCGCGUGGUGUCAUUUCGGUGGCAGGCGGACAAGGGAGCUCUUCUGAGCUCGCGCACGCGACCAA